AUGUUUGUCGACGAUGCUGAUGCUUUUGAAAAACAUGUGUUCCUCACCUGUCAGCCACAGUGCACUCGCUGUGGGUGUCUCGACAAAAUGAGCAAAAAGUGUGCUCGCGAGGAGUGCGGCAAAACCGUCUACCCGAUCGAAGAGCUCAAAUGUCUCGAUAAAGUUUGGCACAAGUUGUGCUUCAAGUGCACUAUUUGCGGAAUGACGCUCAACAUGAAAAACUACAAAGGAUACGACAAAAAGCCAUAUUGCGAGCCGCAUUAUCCGAAAACGGUGGCGUCGGUCGUCAUCGACACACCGGAAAUGAGGAGACUCGCUGAGAACACAAAACUGCAAAGCAAUAUUCAAUACCACGCGGAAUAUGAGAAGAUGAAGGGCACAAAGAUUGAAAUCGCCGAUGAUCCGGAGCUGGAGAGACAUAAGAAAAACACGCAGACGCAAUCGAAUGUGACGUAUACGGGUGUGUUGGCGCAGAAAGAGCGACAGGAAGAGAAUCGGCCGAAGGAGGUUGAGCAACCGCCACCGGACAUCCGAUCGAGUGCCGAAGCGGCCGCGUUGAGAAAUAGCAGCGAUUUGAUCUACUCGACCGAGCAGAAUGGAAAAGUGCAACAACCGGCAAGAGCCGUUGGAAGUAUUGCCGAUUAUGAUCCGUUGAACGGAAAUUAUGGAAUGGGAUCGCCGUACAAGAACAAUGAGAAGAUCGACAAUCUCAAAUCCAGCGUUGAUCGAGGACCGGCGCGCUUCUGCGCGGAUUUUGCGCCGAAAAGCGAGACGACGACGGCGGCAGUUAACAACACUUCAGCGGCUAAGCCGGCCAAAGCUGGAUUCGCCGUUAAGGCGAUUUAUGAUUACACUGCUGCGGACAAAGACGAGGUCACUUUCUUGGAAGGCGACAUCAUUGUGAAUUGCGAGAAAAUUGACGACGGCUGGAUGACGGGAACAGUUCAACGGACACUUCAAUGGGGAAUGCUUCCCGCCAACUACGUGCAACCGCACAAACUCCCGACUGGAUUGCACCGUCUUAACUAG